CUUGUCCGGCAAGUCUCUGAGGGAAUCCAUGGCGUAUGAGAUUGGAGAAGUUCAGCUAUUUCCAUCGCAAGUAUUUAACCCCCAAAAUGCCCAUUUCAAAUAUAUUUCACCCAGUUAUCUCUCACUUUUUCUGAAGCGCGACUAGGAAAUUCUAUAUUAAAGAGAAUUCAAAGAAGCAACAGUUAACCUUGCAGCUCAAAUUCUGUUUCAACUUCCAAACCAAUCAGAUUCCAAUGGCAAGGCCUAAUCAGGAAGCAAUUGAGACGUUCAUGAACAUCACGGGCUUAUCUGAAGCAAUCGCAGUGCAGAAGCUCGAGGAGCACGAUGGUGAUCUUAGUGAAGCUAUCAAUGCACAUUUUAAUGAAGGAGACAGAAAUUUGGCAACUAGCUCUCAUGGCACGUCUGUUGCUGUUCCCCAAGAUGAUUUCAUGGAUACAGAUGAACACCUUUAUCGUCAACAUGAAAGUUCUCUAUCACACUUAUCUUCAGCAGGAAAUCACAAUCCCUCUUCUCUUCUUGGUCCAACUGUUGGUCAAAGUGAAUUUGAUGCCCUUUCCGAUCCAUCAAACCAGUCACAAUUUGUUUCUCCUCAAGCUGGCCUUGCUCCAAUCACUGAAGAUGUCACUGGAACUGUUAAUGCUCAUGGCCCAGAUACUCAUGGGACUGUGAUCACUGAUGCUGGUGGAAGUGCUCGACCUUGUGCUCCUUCAGAUGAAAAUCUGCCAGAUUAUAGUGAUGACACAGAAGAACAAAUGAUUCGUGCUGCCAUUGAGGCUUCUAAACAGGAGGUUGCGGAAAAGUACUCAGAUUACAAAAUUGGCGGACAAAUUCUUCCACUUGUGCAGGAUUUAAGUGAAUCUGGACUUCAGCAAAGGCACUCUCACUUGGAGGAUCUUGAACUUGCCCAUGCAAUUUCAUUAUCCCUUAAGUCAGCUGAACAAGAAAAAGCACAGCGCUUGCAAGGAGAUGUUGGAGAACCAAUAGUGGGGCCACCUAAGUCAUCUGAGGUGGAACUUGUGAAAAUAGCAGCAUCAAAUGGAAGGUUGCAGGCAGGGAGUUCAUUCUUCCAAGAUGAAGCUGAAGAUGUAGAGGAGCAGCCUCUAAUUCGGAACAGGUCUAGACCUGUAUGUUUGGGCUCCACAGAUUUUGCUAAAAACACCGAUGUCAUUGAGACCAGCACACUGUCAAGCUUAGGAAAUCAUGAUAACAGUAAAAAUCCUCAGCAUAACAGAAAUGCCAUCCACGAGGAGGUGUGGGGUGGCAUGUCUUCCGAGGAGCAUGAUGAAGCAGUAAUGCUCGAGGCUGCAAUGUUUGGUGGAAUCCCUGAAGGGAGUAGUUAUGGCUUUCCAAAUGAAUUCGUGCAGAAUAGGGUUUCCAAUCCAUUUCCUGCACCUCGCCUACCUUCACCAUCACUCACAGCUCAGCGCUUGAUAAGGGAACAGCAGGAUGAUGAAUAUCUCGCAUCAUUACAAGCUGACAAAGAAAAAGAAUUAAGGGCUGCUGAGGAAGCUGAGGCUGCCUGUGAAGAGGAAAGGAGGAAAGAGGAAGAAUCACACAAGAAAUUACAAGAGGAAAAGGAAUUGGAAAGACAGUUAGCUGCAAAAGAAGCUGCUCUGCCACCAGAACCAUCCUCAGACGAUGAGGGUGCUGUGACCUUGCUAGUGAGAAUGCCAGAUGGAAGCCGUCGUGGACGUCAAUUUCUUAGAUCUGACAACCUGCAGUCUCUUUUUGACUUCAUAGAUAUUGGUAGGGUGGUGAAACCUGGAACUUACAGAUUGGUGAAACCAUAUCCUCGACAUGCAUUUACUGAUGGAGAAAGUGCGUUGACACUGAGUGAACUUGGUCUAACAAGCAAGCAAGAAGCCUUGUUUCUGGAGUUAAUCUAAUGACCAGACUCCAGAUUUCUAGAAAGCAAUGCAAUGAAGUUUGUUAAAAUACAAAUUAAAACCCACACCAAUUUGAUUUGGGUUUGUACUAUUUGGAUGAAAUUACCUGUAUAUCUUCAGCUAUUCAAAAUCAACCUCCAAGUACAAAACCAACGCGGUUCUUACAGAAAAUGGCUAAUUCUUCGUGGGGGAUGCUUUGUAUGGUAUACGAAUACAGUGGCAUGGGAUUGAGAUACAAGUCAUCAUUGUUAUAGUUCAGGAAAUUGCAAAAUCUUUUCUCUUC